AUGACUAUAAUUCCAAAUGGUUUAAACUCUUAUGGUAACGAUACUAUGAACAUUCGUAGUUUUUCUCCCAUCGAAACGAGUUCCAACUUUAGGAAUUUUGAGUCUAAGAAAGUUGAGUCAAUGUUCGUUACUUCUGGCUACACAAACCAUCAUGCUUUAUAUUCUUCUUCAAAUGUCUCCUCAUCUUCUUUCAAUUUCAAUAAUUCACAUGUGGCUUAUCAGAUGAGAGAAAACAUGGUUUCUACUUUCGGGAUGCCUUGCAUAACUCAAAUCCCAAAUAAUCCUCAUUUUUCUCAAAUCUCCGUCACUCAAACUAUUACAAAUAGUUAUUCCGCUAUUAUUCCAACCAAUAAUCUGAUUACUGCGCAAAAUGAUUAUCAUCGUGCCAUAAAUCCCAACAUCUUCAAUUCUUCAUUUUACCUUCCAAAUUAUGGUAACAAACAGCAGGAGAUCUUGAAUCCAACACCUCUCAAUACUGUUUUUCCACAUCAAAUUUUUGUUUAUCUAGCACAGUUAGAUAUCUUUUCUUGUUCACCAAAAUAUGACCAUGACCAAAUUGUCCCCCAUCAUCAACCACCGAAGAAACAAUAUAGACCUACCACAUAUUUUGAAGAAAAUCUUGAAGGUGUUAAUUCUGAAGAAUAUUGUGAAUAUGAUGGCCGUACACAUAGUUUACCAUAUAAGAAAUAUGGUCCAUAUACAUGUCCCAAAUGUAACAAUGUGUUUGAAACUUCACAGAAGUUUGCUGCACAUAUAUCAUCGAUUCAUUACAAGAAUGAGACCAUCAAUGAAAGAUUUAAGAGAUACAACGCGAGGAACAAAAAAAGAAUAUGCAAAACAAACCAAAUGAUCUAUGAGGAAUGUCGCAACAUCCACCCAGAAGAGAGAGUUGUAGAGCAAAAUGGAGGGAAUAACAACAUAGCAAUCGAUCCUGAAGCUUAUCGACAUCAUAUUGUUGUUAAAGAAGAACCAACUUAUGAUAUAUUUCAUUAA